CCCGCCUCCCGCCUAUAAGAGCGGUGCGGCACUGCAGCUAGCGCAGUUCUCACUGAGACCCGUCACCCGGACUCUACGUGAGACCCACCGCCCGGACUCACCAUGCGUGAAUGCAUCUCAGUCCAUGUGGGGCAGGCAGGUGUCCAGAUGGGCAAUGCCUGCUGGGAGCUCUACUGUCUGGAACAUGGGAUUCAGCCGGAUGGGCAGAUGCCCAGUGACAAGACCAUUGGUGGAGGGGACGACUCCUUCACCACCUUCUUCUGUGAAACCGGAGCUGGAAAGCAUGUGCCCCGGGCAGUUUUUGUGGAUUUGGAGCCCACUGUAAUUGAUGAGAUCCGAAAUGGCCCAUACCGACAGCUCUUCCACCCUGAGCAGCUCAUCACUGGGAAAGAGGAUGCCGCUAACAACUAUGCUCGUGGUCACUAUACCAUUGGCAAGGAAAUCAUUGACCCAGUACUGGACCGGAUCCGCAAGCUGUCUGAUCAGUGCACAGGACUUCAGGGCUUCCUCGUGUUCCACAGCUUUGGAGGGGGCACCGGCUCUGGCUUCACCUCACUCCUGAUGGAGCGGCUCUCUGUUGACUAUGGCAAGAAAUCCAAGCUGGAGUUCUCCAUCUACCCAGCCCCCCAGGUGUCCACGGCUGUGGUCGAACCCUACAACUCCAUCCUGACCACCCACACCACCCUGGAGCACUCAGACUGUGCCUUCAUGGUGGACAACGAAGCCAUCUAUGACAUCUGCCGCCGCAACCUGGACAUCGAGCGCCCGACUUACACCAACCUCAACCGCCUCAUCAGCCAAAUCGUCUCCUCCAUCACAGCCUCCCUGCGCUUUGAUGGGGCCCUCAACGUGGACCUGACAGAGUUCCAGACCAACCUGGUGCCCUACCCUCGCAUCCACUUCCCCCUGGCCACCUAUGCACCCGUCAUCUCUGCAGAGAAAGCCUACCACGAGCAGCUGUCGGUGGCAGAGAUCACCAAUGCCUGCUUCGAGCCUGCCAACCAGAUGGUGAAGUGUGAUCCCCGUCACGGCAAGUACAUGGCCUGCUGUCUGCUGUACCGUGGAGACGUGGUGCCCAAGGAUGUCAAUGCUGCCAUCGCCGCCAUCAAGACCAAGCGCAGUAUUCAGUUUGUGGACUGGUGCCCCACAGGCUUCAAGGUUGGCAUCAACUACCAGCCCCCCACUGUGGUGCCGGGGGGUGACCUGGCCAAGGUGCAGCGUGCCGUGUGCAUGCUGAGCAACACAACCGCCAUCGCCGAGGCCUGGGCCCGCCUGGACCACAAGUUCGACCUGAUGUAUGCCAAGAGGGCGUUUGUGCACUGGUACGUGGGUGAGGGCAUGGAGGAGGGUGAGUUCUCUGAGGCCCGGGAGGAUAUGGCUGCCCUGGAGAAGGAUUACGAGGAAGUAGGCAUCGACUCCUAUGAGGACGAGGAUGAGGGAGAAGAAUAGAACAGCUGCCUGGAGCCCACUCGCUAUGUUUAUUGCAAAAUCCUUUCGAAAUAAACAGUCUCCUUGCACGGUU